GCGGAGGCGGAGGCGCUGCCCCGGCCCCAGGAGAAGGAGGAGGCGGAGGCGGAGGCGCUGCCCCUGGCGAAACGCAGGAAGCUCCUGUGCGCCGAGUUCGCCUCCAUCACCAGCUGCGACCUGGCCCUGGCUCACUGCUGCCUGGCGGACAACGACUGGCACAUGCAGAGGGCGCUGAACGCCUACUUCGAGCCGCCCGUGGAGCAGCGAGACGUGGGCGGGAGCCCCCCGGCCCGGGCCCUGACGGAGACCUGGUGAGCGAGGCCGCGGAGGGCUGAGGCGGGGGGGUCAAGCUCACAGGGAAGGUGACAGGCGAGCCCUGGCCCAGCACCCGCCUCAUCUGCCUCGCUCCCCCUUGGCUGGCGCGUUGCAGCUGUAGGGGGGCUCCGCGGCCAGGUUCUGCUUCGCUAGUGUUGUUGAUGCUGGUCGUCCCCCGCCGUGAAGCCCCUUCCCAAAAGCGGGGCGCGUCUCAAAAUCCACCCCUGUGUGAGGCUCUCAGGCUCUGAUAGCCCCUCUCCCGUGGAUCGUGUGUUUAUCAGUGAGCUGCCUGCCCCUGAGUCGGGUUUGUUUCAUAUAUCCCUGCACAACUGCAUAGAUGCGGAGACCUGUAGAAUCAUAAAAUAUCAGGGUUGGAAGGGACCUCACGAGGUCAUCUA